AUGAACACUACCAACAGAUCGUCAAACCAGCCCCGCUUAGAACGCAUGGAGCUCCCAACGUACGCCGUUUCACAAUCUCUAUUGGCAUCGCGAUCUGUCACUUCCCCGCGUGGAGACAGAGACCAGCCAGUACGAGCACCAACAAACGGAAGCCAAGGCCAAGUUCAAGAUGGUCACAAUCAAGUGACAGGCAAGAGAAAAAGGAUAAGCCCAGGACAUGCUUCAAAGGAGUCCAGCUCAAGAUGUAAUGGUCUCACACAAUACGCAGUUCCGGCAUCUUUUCAGUCACCGCGGAUAGUCCAGUAUUCUCCCCUAAACCAAACAUUACGAACCCCGCCCUCCAACGACAUUGAUGACCUACAUGUGGACUCUCGAUCAGAACCAGCAUACCUAACAGUCGGAGCACCAUGCGAAGCACAAAUUUGUUCUCCUUGUUCGGUCCCUGGGACUGUCAGACAAAUACCGGCGACUCAAUUUUUGAAUCAUGUUCCCAACUUUGUAUACCAAUCAAUCAAUAAAGAUGCUGCCAUGAAACAAAACUACUUCCCAGACUCGACUUUCUUUCCAAGCCCAGCCAUCACAGAUACAUGGGGAGAACUUCCUACUCCGGAUCUAUCUUCCUGGGAUACCACCACUAAGCCACACAGUACUGAGAACAGAGCUACACCUAUUAUCGACAAACAUGUGUCGCCCUUUGAAGCCGCUCUGGAAAUAGUGGAGGUCGCAUCGGACAGGAGUGCCCAAGAUGUGCAUGAUGCCAUCAGCACGGGAGAUGGUCACGUCGAAACUCAAGUUCCUAUUGAAGAUCGCUUAUCACAAGUUCUAAAGGCUGUCGACGCAGCUGGUUUUGAUAGUCUGGACAGUGCCGUCAUCGCAUACUAUCAAAGAUCAUCCAAAGGCAACGAAUGGCUUCGGCAGGAACAGAGACUAAAUCGUAUGCGACGGCUACCUAUUCUCUUGAAGGAGCUCCAUCUUGCAGCACAAGGCUGGGGUCAAUGGGAGCGGAGGAACUUCCAAGAACAAAUCAUUAAGAGCACAGAAGACAUUCUCUUCGCUGAACUACAAGAUCAUCUUGCGGCGAGGCGGAGCUCUCCUCACGGCUCACCGUGCAGCGUUGAGCAGAGAGGUCAAGGCCGUCAACAAAUGACUGAACAUGACACAGAUCCAGAGGCCGAGCUUCCCAACACAUGGACCUUGCUUACGUCUCUUUCGACAAGAUACAGCAGCAUAGCUUCUCAAGAUUUACAAACCGAUAUGCCAAGAUUAGUUAGCAAGUUCCUUGCAGCCGGCUCUGAAUUAAAUACUUAA